CGCGGAGGCACGUGUGCAGUCCCGGAAGCGGCCCGGGGAAGCUGCUCCCGGCGCGCAGCAGGAGGAAGCGCUGGCGGGUCCGCUAGAGUCCGGGUCCGGCUGGGCCAUGGAGUCGAUGUUCGUGCUCGCGCCCCGCUGGUUCUUGCUUCCCCUGCUGCUGCCGCUGCUGCUGCCGCCACCGGCCCCGAAGCUAGGCCCUACCCGCGCCGGAGCGGAGGAGACCGACUGGGUGCGCUUGCCCAGUAAAUGCGAAGUGUGCAAAUAUGUCGCAGUGGAGCUGAAGUCAGCUUUUGAGGAAACUGGCAAAACCAAAGAGGUGAUUGACACAGGCUAUGGCAUCCUGGACCGGAAGGCCUCUGGAGUCAAGUACACCAAGUCGGACUUACGGUUAAUUGAAGUCACUGAAACCAUUUGCAAGAGGCUCCUGGACUACAGCCUGCACAAGGAGAGGACCGGCAGCAACCGGUUUGCCAAGGGCAUGUCAGAAACCUUUGAGACACUGCACAACCUAGUCCACAAAGGGGUCAAGGUGGUGAUGGACAUCCCGUACGAGUUGUGGAAUGAGACCUCUGCUGAGGUUGCUGACCUCAAGAAGCAGUGUGAUGUGCUGGUGGAGGAGUUUGAGGAGGUGAUUGAGGACUGGUACAGGAACCACCAGGAGGAGGACCUAACUGAAUUCCUCUGCGCCAACCACGUGCUGAAGGGCAAGGACACCAGUUGCCUGGCAGAGCGGUGGUCUGGCAAGAAGGGGGACACAGCUGCCCUGGGAGGGAAAAAGUCCAAGAAGAAGAGCAGCAGGGCCAAGGGCUCAGGCAGCAGCAGCAAGCAGAGGAAGGAGCUGGGGGGCCUGGAAGGAGAUGCCAGCCCCGAGGAGGAAGAGGGUGUACAGAAGGCAUCGCCACUCCCACACAGCCCCCCUGAUGAGCUGUGAGCCCAGCUGCUCAGUGUCCUUGAACCAAGACCCCCGACCUCAGAGCUGAAGAGCUUGCAACAUGGCCCCAGCAAAGACGGCCCUCCCAGCUUCAGCUCUCCUGCCUCAGCUGUACCCUCUUCCUGCCCUUGAGCAGCAGCAGUGAGAAGCAGGGGCUGGGGGUCCUGGAGGGAGACCUCACCAAGGACAGGAAGAGGAGGGUGUACAGAAGGCAUCCUUUCCACACAGCAGCCCCUGAUGAGCUCUGAUUGCACCCCAGCCUUCCCGAAGUGAGACCCUUGACCUUGAAGCUGAAGAUGCCAGGCCCGGCUGCGGCAGACAAGACCACGUCCCUCCCAGUGUCAGCUCUCCUGCCUCGCUGUGCCCUUUUCCCACCCAGGACAGACACACGCUACGGAAGGACUCGAGCAACCGUGGCAGCCCAUACCAACCUUUUCCCUCCACCAAGCAUUUCUCUUCUGACCCAGGCCUCAGGCAAGUCAUGUUUCAGAACUUCGAGGACUCCAGUGUGAACUCACGAGCAUGGUACCAGGGGCUGGGCACAAGAAACUGGACCCACUCCAGAGCCCUCAAGGAGGGCACCUCACCUCCUGCCCCCAGGAGAAGCAAGACUGCAGUCUCCACCAUUCCUCGACUUUGUCCCCCUGAGGACACCUUGUGCUCUGCCCAGCCCUCCUCCCCAGGGCACACAGAGUAAAAGCCUUUUGGCCUUUUGGUUCUGAC